UCUGCACCGAUUUGCUUCGGGUUUUGAUCUAAGGAAUCUGCACCUUUUCAAUUAAGUCAUUUGAUCUUUUGCAUGAGCCCUACUGAUCGUAUUUUUUGUUGUUCAAUCUGUUAAAUUUCGUCAAGGUUCAUGUUGACAUGUUUCUGAUGUACAAAUAUAUUUCAAAGUUUAUGUGGCCUUACAUAAAUUAUUGAUGGUCAGGGGAGACAAUAGCAGAUGAUUUAUAAUUGAAUCCCUCAGACAUUCCAACAGCAUGAAUGCGAGUUACAUCCGCAUAAAUUUUUUAAAACGGUUGAACUUAUAUAAAUCGGCCAGAUUCUAUGAAUUAACAAAAAAGGAAUUACCCGUUAUUCUGAGUUAAUUAAGGGCGGAUAUCUCAUGCUAACAUGCAGUCGGAGACACGUCAUCACACUAUAGAGAGAGAGAGAGAGAAUGUGAUCUCCUCCAACGCUCGUGAGUCAUGACUAGUUUAAUUCCAUUGUCUGUUAGCUCACCUUUCGUGUAUGGCCUCACAUUGGUCGCAAGCUGCAAGAGUACAAGAAAGGUUCACGGGCACUCUCCCUCUUUCCCGUUAAAGAGUUCAAAAUAUUCACUUUUUUUAAUGCUUUUCUUUUAUAUAACAAUGUUAACUGCCGUACUGAAGAGUCCGCACUACUGGCUGAUUUCUGUGAUUUAGAAGAUAAUAUUUUUGGAUUUAUUGAUGUGAAAAUCAUACAAACAUCAACUUUAUAAUUCUCUACUUAACUCUAGAAAAAAUAAACUGAAGUAAAAUAAAUAAAUAAGUUCAUGUGAAAGCCUAGAAGCUUCUCAUGUUCCUCCUCUAACCUCCAAAACAAUCAUGUGACUCCAACUAAGAGCCAAAAUACACUUGAGUUAAAAUAUUUUUUAGAAAGCUAAUUUUGUGACAUGCUUGAAGCAUCUGGGUUCAAAGUUGGAAGAGCCGCAUUCCAUACCACAUAUCACAAGCAUAUUCUAUUUUAUUUUUCUCUUUUUUCCGCAUGAUGGGUUCAUGUGAGUAAAAAAGUUUCCCACUAAAAUGUGGUGCAUAGUGAAUAAGACCAUGACACCUCUCACCGAUUAUAUAAGACAACCUAUAGCUUCCCCUUCAUAUCCUAUAUUCAUUUUCACAUCUCUGAUUCUUAAACGCUCCUUCUUCGACGGGUUAUCUUCCACUGCUUUGCCUCAGCAAUGGCAGCUCUUCAUGGGCUACUGUACAUUGCAAUGGGGAUCUUAGUACUUCUAUCAUGCUUCGAAGGCUCAAAUGCAAGGCUCCAUGACCAUAAAUCAAAGAAUCGCAGAGAGAGAAGGGGCAUCAUAUCUGAUCCCCCGGAUUUCCCUGCUGUCGGGCCACCGACAAAAAGCUUUGACAUGGAUAACUCGAGCUCCGACCCCUGCGUCUUCGAUGUUAGAGCAUUCGGAGCUGUUGGAGAUGGCUCCACUGAUGACACAGAGGCCUUUCGUUCUGCUUGGAGAGCUGCCUGCACGGCAGACUCCAGCAUUCUCCUUGUCCCAUCAGAUGGUGUUUUCAUGAUCACCUCCACAAUCUUCUCCGGCCCGUGCCAGCCAGAAUUCGUCUUCCAAGUAGAUGGAGUCCUGAUGCCUCCCAAUGGUCCAAAGUUCUGGCCUAAGAAGGAUAGCAAGAGGCAAUGGCUAGUCUUCUACCGUGUAGAUGGCAUGACAUUUAGAGGAGCUGGCACAAUACAAGGCAAUGGGGAAGAAUGGUGGAAUCUCCCUUGCAAGCCCCACCGAGGUCCAAAUGGAUCAACAUUACCAGGACCUUGUGACAGCCCUGCACUUAUUAGGUUCUUUAUGAGCUCCAAUCUGACAGUGAGAGACCUUUACAUAAAGAACAGUCCUCAGUUCCACAUUAAGUUCGAUGGCUGUGAGGGAGUUUACAUUGAUGGCCUAUCGAUUAACUCUCCUGCUCAGAGCCCCAACACAGACGGAAUCCACAUUCAGGAUACUAAAUAUGUGGGCAUAUAUAACUCCAUGAUCAGCAACGGCGACGACUGUAUUUCCAUUGGUCCUAGCUGCUCAUCAGUGGACAUUGAAAAUGUUACAUGUGGCCCAGGCCAUGGGAUUAGCAUCGGAAGUCUAGGCAUGCAGAACUCGGAAGCUUGUGUGUCCAACAUAUCCGUGAGAAACUCAGUGAUAAGAAACUCGGACAAUGGAGUGAGGAUCAAAACAUGGCAAGGAGGUAUGGGAUCAGUAUCAGACAUCACAUUUGAUUCAGUGUAUAUGGAGAAUGUGAAGAACUGCAUAAUAAUAGAUCAAUACUACUGUCUGAGCAAAGAGUGCAGAAAUCAAACUUCUGCUGUGUAUGUGUGGAAUGUUUUGUAUUCAAAUAUCAAAGGCACAUAUGACGUGAGGAGUCCGCCCAUACACUUCGCCUGCAGUGACACGGUGCCUUGCACCAAUAUCACCAUGUCGGAGGUGGAGCUUCUUCCUUUCCAAGGAGAACUCAUUGAUGAUCCAUUCUGCUGGAAUGCAUAUGGAGAGCUGCAAACACUCACCAUUCCUCCUAUUUCCUGUCUUCAGGAUGGGAUGCCUCAAUCGGUGCAAGAGACCAUCAGUCUUCAAUGCUCAUAACCAGCUUGUACUAUCAAUUUACACAUAAAAAUAUUUAUAUGUAACUAAUUAGCACAUAGAAAUGAGCCACUCACAUGGUCCAAGUACCCAUCCUUUUCCCUUUUCUUUCUCAUGUUUCAAUGUUUAGCCUGUGUUGUGCUUGGAUGCCUGCCUGCACGACCUUUAUUAUGUAUCAAAACAUAAAUCAUGUGA